AUGGCUGACGAACGCACUCUUAAGGAGUAUUCGAUCCCUUCUUCGGAUGAGCCAUGCACUAUUAUAGUCUACCCAACAGUUCAAGGUAGCAACUUCAAAAUAAAACCUGCACUACUAAUUCUGGUGCAACAAAACCAGUUCUCUGGAUCACCUUCUGAGGACCCAAAUUUACAUAUCUCAACCUUUUGGAGACUUAGUGUAACUUGCAAAGACGACCAAGAAACCGUCAGGCUGCAUCUCUUCCCUUUUUCUCUAAAAGAUAAAGCCAGCAAUUGGUUCAAUUCUUUGAAGCCUGGUUCCAUUACCUCAUGGGACCAACUGAGGAGAGAAUUCCUUUGUCGUUUCUUUCCCCCAUCCAAAACUGCCCAACUUAGGGGAAAGCUUUACCAAUUUACUCAAAAGAAUGGGGAAUCUCUUUUCGAUGUGUGGGAACGUUUUAAAGAAAUACUUAGACGUUGUCCCCAUCACGGUCUAGAAAAAUGGUUAAUCAUCCACACCUUUUAUAAUGGUCUAACAUCUAGCACUAAAUUGACUAUUGAUGCAGCUGCAGGUGGUGCCCUAAUGAACAAAGACUUCACAACAGCUUAUGCGUUAAUUGAGAACAUGGCUCUAAACCUCUUCCAAUGGAAAGAAGAAAAAGCAACCAUCGAUCCUUCACCCUCUAAAAAAGAGGCAGGUAUGGAUGAAACCUCUUCCAUUGACUAUUUAUCUACCAAGGUGAAUGCAUUAUCUCAAAGACUUGAUCGCAUGAGCACACCUACCUUCUCACCUCCUUGUGAAGCAUGUGGCCUGUCUAGUCAUUCUAACACCGAUUGCAACCUAAGUAGUGUUGAGCAGUUAAAUUUUGUUCAGAAUGGCCAAAAACUCCAAGAGCUCAAGGACCAAACUAGACUUUUGAACAACUCUCUUGCUACUCUCACAACAAAGAUAGACUCUAUCUCCUCUCACAACAAAAUUUCUGAAACUCAACUCUCCCAGGUAGUUCGUAAGGUUAACCACCCCAAUAAAAUGAAUGCUGUCACACUUAGGAGUGGUAAGCCACUCGAAGACCCCAUAAGGAGAACCGAGACCGAUAACAGUGAGAAAGAAAUCCGCGAACCACCAUCUAGGGAAACCAGAGCAGAAAGAGAGGAACCACGAGUUGAGGAAAACACGCCACCUCCCUUUAAGCCAAAAAUCCCCUUCCCUCAAAGGUUUGCCAAAUCAAAGCUAGAUGAGCAAUUCAAAAAGUUCAUAGAGAUGAUGAACAAGAUAUAUAUUGAUGUGCCAUUUACCGAGGUCCUAACCCAAAUGCCCACAUAUGCUAAAUUUUUGAAAGAAAUCCUCUCUAAAAAAAGAAAGAUUGAGGAAAGUGAGACGGUUAACCUUACAGAAGAAUGUAGUGCCAUCAUCCAAAAUAAAUUGCCACCAAAGCUUAAAGAUCCAGGGAGUUUUUCCAUACCUUGUGUCAUAGGGUCGGAAGUUGUAAAGAAAGCUAUGUGCGAUCUAGGAGCCAGUGUCAGCCUAAUGCCCUUAUCACUUUAUGAGAGGUUGGGAAUAGGGGAACUUAAAUCAACAAGGAUGACCCUACAACUAGCAGACCGUUCUGUUAAAUAUCCAGCUGGAAUCAUAGAAGAUGUCCCCGUUAAGGUAGGAGAGGUAUAUAUUCCCACCGAUUUUGUUGUGAUGGAAAUGGAAGUAGACAACCAAGUACCAAUUCUUUUGGGAAGACCUUUCCUUGCCACUGCAGGAGCUAUCAUUGAUGUAAAAAAGGGUAAGCUUGCCUUCAAUGUAGGUAAGGAAACUGUUGAAUUUGAACUUGCUAAACUAAUGAAAGGUCCCUCCAUUAAGGACUCUUGUUGCAUGAUAGACAUAAUCGACCAUUGCGUGAAAGAAUGCUCUUUAGCAUCAACUGCACAUGAUGGUUUGGAAGUAUGCUUGGUUAACAAUGCAGGUACAAAACUGGAAGGAGAGGCAAAGGCUUAUGAAGAACUGUUAGAUAGAACUCUUCCAAUGAAAGGUCUAAGUGUGGAGGAGUUAGUAAAAGAAGAACCAACACUUCUACCCAAGGAGGCACCGAAAGUAGAACUCAAAACACUUCCAUCAAAUCUAAGGUAUGAAUUCUUGGGCCCUAACUCCACUUAUCCUGUUAUUGUAAAUGCAAGUCUCGAUGAAGUAGAAACUGAAAAAUUGCUUUAUGUCCUCAAGAAAUAUCCUAAAGUAAUAGGUUACACCAUUGAUGACAUUAAAGGAAUAAAUCAUGGCUAUUCUGGAUUUUUCCAAAUACCCAUUCACGCUAAUGACCAAGAAAAGACAACUUUUACAUGUCCCUUCGGGACCUUUGCCUAUAGAAGAAUGCCUUUUGGUCUCUGUAAUGCCCCUGCUACUUUUCAAAGAUGCAUGAUGUCUAUUUUUUCUGACUUCGUUGAAAAGAUAAUGGAAGUCUUUAUGGAUGAUUUUUCUGUGCAUGGUUCUAAUUUUGAUGAUUGUUUGACUAACCUUGAAAAAGUUUUGGAAAGAUGUGAACAGGUGAACCUAGUCUUAAAUUGGGAGAAAUGUCACUUCAUGGUAAGAGAAGGAAUUGUCCUAGGACACUUGGUUUCCGACAGAGGGUUCUACCGUCGUUUCAUCAAAGAUUUCUCAUCAAUCACUAAGCCACUAACCAGCCUGCUUCUCAAAGAUGCAGACUUUACCUUUGAUGAUUCUUGUUUGCAGGCGUUUUGCAGGUUGAAGGAAGCACUAAUUACCGCCCCAAUCAUACAACCACCAGAUUGGAACUUGCCUUUUGAAAUAAUGUGUGAUGCAAGCGACUAUGCGGUUGGGGCAGUAUUAGGUCAAAGAAAGGACAAAAAGAUGCAUGCCAUAUACUAUGCCAGUAAGACCCUAGAUGGGGCACAGGUAAACUAUGCCACGAUAGAAAAAGAAUUGCUAGCAGUUGUCUACGCCAUUGACAAAUUUUGGCAAUACUUGGUGGGAUCAAAAAUCAUUGUUUAUACAGAUCACUCGGCCAUAAAAUACUUGCUAAACAAAAAAGAUGCCAAACCGAGAUUGAUCCGAUGGAUUUUGCUCCUCCAAGAAUUUGACCUUGAAAUAAAAGAUAAAAAGGGCGUAGAAAAUGUUGUCGCUGACCACUUGUCCCGACUUCGGGAGACCAAUAAGGAUGAGUUACCCUUGGAUGACUCAUUCCCGGAUGACCAACUACUCUUAUUGGCACAAACUGACGCACCUUGGUAUGCAGAUUUUGUUAACUUUCUUGCAGCAGGAGUACUACCGCCCGAGUUAAACUACCAACAAAAGAAGAAAUUCUUCAAUGAUCUUUUUGAUGUUUGGGGUAUUGACUUUAUGGGACCUUUCCCUUCCUCUUUUGGGAAUCAGUACAUAUUAGUAGCCGUUGACUAUGUGUCCAAAUGGGUUGAGGCCAUUGCUUCCCCCACUAAUGAUGCACAGGUGGUUAUAAAAAUGUUUAAGAAAGUCAUUUUCCCUAGAUUCGGAGUGCCACGAGUUGUGAUAAGUGUAACCGAUGGAGGGUCUCACUUCAUUUCAAGACAUUUUGAAAAACUUUUGCAAAAACUUGGAGUGAGGCACAAAAUUGCGACACCCUAUCACCCCCAAACUAGCGGACAAGUGGAGGUCUCAAACAGACAAAUUAAAGCUAUCCUUGAAAAAACUGUUUCCACCUCUAGAACAGAUUGGUCAAAUAAGCUUGACAAUGCUCUUUGGGCCUAUCGAACGGCUUAUAAAACCCCCAUUGGGAUGACCCCUUUUAAACUUGUCUAUGGGAAAUCGUGUCACCUUCCUGUUGAGCUCGAGCAUAAGGCCUAUUGGGCAAUUAGAAACCUCAACUUAGAUCCCAAUUUAGCCGGUGACAAAAGAAAACUUCAAUUAAACGAGCUAGAAGAACUUAGGAUGGAUGCCUAUGAGAAUGCCCGCAUUUACAAAGAGAGAACUAAGACCUGGCAUGACAAGAAAAUCAUCAAAAGGCACUUCAAAAGUGGUGACCUUGUUCUGCUCUUUAACUCUAGGCUAAAGCUCUUUCCAGGUAAACUGCGAUCACGAUGGUCCGGUCCUUUCCAAGUUCGCACAGUCUACCCUUAUGGGGCGAUUGAAAUCUUUUCUGAAGAAACAGGAUCCUUCACGGUUAAUGGCCAACGGCUUAAAAUCUAUAAUACCGGAGAAGUAAAUGAAGUAGUGGCUGAUUUCACCCUUAGUGACCCACCUUAAGGAUUUUCAUCCUCACCUUCGUCAAGCUAGUGACGUUAAAAGAGCGCUUCGUGGGAGGCA